AUGGCAGAAGAACCUCCACAACUCACAAGUUUUGCUAAAGAAGAGUUGAGGAAACUGAAGGAGGGUGAUAUUGUGAUUGGACCUGACGGAAAGAAGUACCGGGCCAGGAAGAGUGUUCUUCCUCAUGAGGCAUUGUCGGGCCCCCAUGGAAUUGGCGAUCCCAAUGAUCGGUCGUUGAGAAAGAUCGAAGCCGAUGUCCUGAUCCCGAAUAUAAUGAACAAAAAUAUUGAGAAAGUUGAAUGCCGCGCGGAACUUGAGGAAUUGGUGGAUUGUAUGAGGAAGCAAGGAGGUGCUUGGGGUUUAAAAAGAUGCGAAUUACCUCGGGAUUUAUUGAACGAGUGUAAAAAGAAAAAGUGAGUACUUGAUAUUAUUGAAUUUAGUUCGUUUUCCGUAAGCCGUCCCACAUUUUCGGCGACCUGGUGCAAUCGUCAAAUGCCGUCUUCAAGCGCGAAGUAAGGGCUGAGACAAAUUAAAAUAAGGCCCAGCGGAAGGUUUAGGGAGCCUAGCGACGAAAAAAGUCAGACUGAAAUUCGACGGGACGGCGUACCGGAGCAGUCUUGCAUUUUAAGAUCUGCAUAAAUAAUAACUAACUAUUCCAGAUUCCAUGACCCAGAAUUCAGACACAAGAUGACAGAGGCUUACCUGGAUGAAAGGGCGGAAGCCAGAAGGACAGGGAAAACUAUCGAAGCUCGGAAACUGGCUGAAUAUAGGAAUUGGAAAGGAGAUCGUGAAUAA